UUUUACAAAUUAAUUGUCAAAUGGACAUCUGACAGAGUUUGACAUUCAAUUGAUUGGAUUUAGAAGUCGCAAGUUUUUUAAUUAAAAAACAAAAUGUCCUUAGUAAAAUUGUUUUCAUUAUCUACUCGAGUGCGAACGUCUGGUGCAAGUGGUAUGCUACUUCGUCAUGCCAGUUCUAGUCAAGAAGGCAAAACUGAAAAAGUAUACCCACCUAACGUCCCUGGCUUUAAAUAUGUUAAUGCUGAAGAUCCAGACAUGAGUUUCAAAGAAAUGUCCAACAGGGCGGCACAGACAUUGUUUUGGACUGAACUGGCAAGAGGUUUUGCUGUUACUUUAGCUCAUAUUUUUAAGGAGCCAGCAACUAUCAAUUAUCCAUUUGAAAAGGGACCUUUGUCACCACGAUUCAGAGGAGAGCAUGCAUUGCGUCGUUAUCCUUCCGGUGAAGAAAGAUGCAUUGCCUGCAAGUUAUGUGAAGCAAUUUGUCCAGCUCAGGCAAUUACAAUUGAAGCAGAGGAACGCAAAGAUGGCUCACGUCGUACUACCAGAUACGAUAUUGAUAUGACAAAAUGUAUUUACUGCGGUUUCUGUCAGGAAGCAUGUCCAGUAGACGCCAUAGUCGAGGGUCCGAACUUUGAGUUCUCGACCGAAACUCACGAGGAACUUCUCUACAACAAGGAGAAGUUACUUUCAAACGGUGACAAGUGGGAGAGUGAGAUAGCAUCCAACAUCAGAGCGGAUCAUCUCUACCGUUAAACAACAACCGCUCUUAGUUUAAAGGUAUAAGGUUCAAUAUUGCAAGUCAAACAUGCGAAUUGGAACCUUAAUUAGGAUUAUUAAAUUAUGUGAUAAAUAAAUAAUCAACAUCUCG